AUGGAUUUUGGAGCCGCUGGGGCCUUGGACGAUGUGCAAAGUCAGGAGGGGUUCCUCCAUAUUAACCAGAUGGCCGACAUGCUCUACAAUUGCAUUAAGAAGCAGUUGAAUGUUGCAGACGACGACACAGUUAACGUCGCAGAUGUCAGCUCCUUGGUCAAUCUUCCGUUUGACGCACUCAAGGAUUACGUAGAUGACACUGGGAGAAUAAGCAUCAAUGGGAUUGUCAAUUGUGCCGUCAGCCAGCUGGCCCAGAACAACGUAAGGUCCAUCCGCACAGAAACCCAGGAUACUCAGGCUAGACAGCAAGGCUCGACACUCAGGAGGCUCACCGGGGAAUUAAAGGCAAUUACGCGGCGUCGGAGUGAGAUUCUUGGUGCGCAGCCUUCCAACUCCUUCGAUCCCGCCCCCUCUAUUGCAAGCCUUUUGGGGUCGAACACACAUGUAUUCAGUAGUAUUGCUGGCUCUACCCAUCCCCAGGGCUUUAACAUAGCUACCUUCAAUGAGCUUAAGACAAAGAACUCAGAUCUGUCUACACAGUUAAGCAAGGCAGAUAAACAGAUAGGAGAGCUCAAGAAGCUUGUCUUAGAUAAGGACUACGAAAUAGCCCAGCUCAAUGAGCGGAUCAAGGGCCUGAUGACUGAUGCUGCCAGUGUCGUCUCUCUGCCGCAGCGGACUCCAUCCAUCUCAUCCGCAGAGCUUCAGUCACUCCAGGCCACCCUUCAUGAACCCCUCAUUGUUCUCAGAGGGAUGCUUCAAGACCUCCACACAGCCAUUGUACCUGCUCCGUUGUCUGGGCCGGCCGAUAACUUUGUCUCUGACGAAACAGGUCUGGUAGAUAUGAACGUAGGAGAUAGACGAUCGAAUGCGACGCUCAAGGAGCGUGUGGCUAAGAUUCUGACUGCAACAGAGCGUAUUUUGGAGGGACAAAAUACGGCAUUCAAGCAGCUGGAGGAAAAAGAUGCCAGUAUCCUUAAAGUCUUGACCUCCAGCUUCGAGUCUGUACAGUCACAUCUUUCUUCUACUCAGGAUGUCGUUAUCACCACAUUAGAGAAGAGGGUGGGAUCCAUCAAUGCCAAGUUAGCAGAUACCGUUAAAGACUACAUUGAGCAUCUUUUUGCAUCUAUACCUAUACCUUCCACAUGUGGCCAACAGGCAAGUAGCUCCGAUGGCCUGGAAAAGCAAGUCUUCGAUACCGUUUUUUCCGAAAGUCGUGUGCAAUCGAGGAUAGAGCUUAAGGAGGUGAUAAGGGAUAUCAUGGCUGCCAGUUCUGAGUCUCUCAUAGCUAAGCUGGACGAAAUUAAGAGGGAAGUGGUAAAGGUAGAGAGGACCGAUUCCGAAAGCACAGUGGGCGACAGACUGAUGCCUACCGAUCUAGCUAGCGUCAUUGCAGCACAAACAAGUGAGCUGUCCCUUAUCUUGUCCGAUGUACAAGGUAAGGUCAUUGAAGGUGUAUCAACACACAUAGAGCAGCGUCUUUCUCAGCUUCAGCUUGAGCUGGCACGUAAUAUGCACAACCUGAAGGAGCUCCUCACCCAAAACCUAGAGGCCUUUGUCCACCCGGCGAACCUGUCCGGGAAGCCCUCUGCCUCACAUUCAUCGAUGGACUCCAUGAUACAGCACUGGGACGCGUCUCUUGUUGAAGGAAUUGCUCAAGAAGUUGCUUUAAAGAUUCAAGCACGACUAGAUCAGUACCGUGAUGCGGUGCUUUCUCAGAUACCGCGAGAGCAAACUACUCUGUAUGAUCAACAGCCAGGCUUGGUCUCAGGCGUGUUGCAAGCAUUUGUCGACUCUGUUUUUCCUGACCUCAAAGAGGGGUUUCAGGAGCUUAUAACAAAGCAGUUUACAAUCCACAUGGAGACCUUUGCAGAAGAGCAGUUGCGUUUUGCAGAGGCGCUCUGCUGUGACUUCAAGAGCAUCCUUCUGGACGACCCUCACAGAAACCACUCCCAGCAAAUGCCGAUUUCUGAGGCCACUCGGUUGGAGAAUAUGCUUCCUCUGCGCGCUAGCCCCACAGUACUGACGGAGGAGGACAAUCCAGGUUGCUCUCCGCAAGAGAUAGUACAAGGAGUGUCCAAGUUGCUGGAGAAGAAGGCCCCUGUAAUCUCUGGUAUUAUUACAAAAGCAUCAAAGAGGUCGCUGGCAGCUGCUAGCAGACGGGACUCCGGACGUCUUGAGGAAAGUGCUCUGAUCGUGUUCAACGAUGAAAACGACAACGUAAUUGAUGCAUUGGUCAAGGAAAAGGAUUUGCUCAACAUAUGUCCCGGGCUAGCUAAUGAAGAAACAGGCCUGCAAGGCAAACCUCUAACGGAGAUAUCGUUAGCUAUAGAUCAAAUCUGUACACAGCCGGCCCAGAGCAAUGUCCCAGAGUCCUUCCACACUCUCAGAUUUCCACCGCACUCGUUCCAGACCCUGCAGCAUUAUCUUCCGGAGACCAACACCAAGCUCGAUCUCAUUGAAGAUCAUAUUCUGCGACAGUUUGCAGACGUAAGAAGCUCCAUCGAUGGGCUGACCAAAUCUAUCAACACCUCAACCUAUAUAACAUCUAGCGAGGCCGCAAGGAUGCGGCAAGAAUACCGCGACGUCGCCAUGACUAUAGAUGAUAUAAACGACGGGCUUGCAGCGGUUAUAGAGUCGGAGUCUGCUAGGACGCUCUCGAAUUUACGUCACAUUGUCUGGGCCGACUAUAUUACCGUAACUGCUGUCUUGGCCCUCACGCUGGUCAUAUUUUUCAACCUGAUUGUGGUUCUUGCAACACAUAACUGCACAUAG